UUUUGUUUUUUAUAGAACAAAGAAUCUAAUUUUUCAUAACUUUUUCCAGAUGCAAGUAUUUUGGGUACUCUUAGUGGCCAGUGCGUUUGCCAUCGCAAACUGCGAUGAUGGCGACAAUUCUGCAGCACUUUUGGAUCCCAAAGACAUGGAGGCUAUUCAAGACAGAUUAGCAAAAAUGGAGUUUCUAGAAGAAGUUGUUGCAACAGUAUUUGGUUUCAAAAAACCUCAAGAAAGGGAUGACACUUGCCUGCCUGUUGGAGCCCAAUGUCACUUCUGGAGUGGGCCCAACUGCUGCGGUUUAAGAACUCGGUGCAUAGUCUGGGACACACAGCUUUCAGCAGCUUGUAAAGACUGUCCUGCCAGAUGGCUUUCCAUAUGCCGCGAGUAUAACCUCGGCGUCUGGCUCGACGAAAUCGGCAAGUGGUUCGCAAGUUGGGGCUAAUAAGCAAGCUCUAUACAUGUACCUUGACUCUUGAUGCUUGAAUUCUCAUAAAUAAAUAAAAUUUUGAUAUUCAUAAUUGUA